ACGAGUUGUUGAUUUUAUUUUAGUUUCGCGAAACAUGUUAUUACAUGUUUUUAUCAAGCUUUUUGAGGUGUUACAUUUGUUUAAAGCUAGAUUUAAUAUACUAUAUAUAUAUAUAUAUAUACUUUGGGCAUUGUAUAUGCUUACGAAACACAUUCACCGUUUAUUUUCAAUUUCGGGGAAAGAAUCGGCAAUGCGAUACCGAAAAAUUGUUGGCUUACUUUUCAAUUCACUGUGCUGGAACUUGGAACGCGACAUCAACUGUUAACUAGCGGACAUGUUCCAUAUCAUUCAACUCAUUUAGAACGCAAAAGAUGGUGUUCUUAAAUUCGUGUCUAAUUAAUUUUUUAGAAACCUUUCAUUUAAAGAAAAAAAAGGAUACACAUUUUUUUUUUAAAAAAUAUAAUAAUAACUACAUUUGUAGAGCGUCAAAUAUCCGAACUAACUGAGAUUGGGAGUGGGUGUUUCUGAUAAUCUAUCUAAAAUUAGGUAAAUGUUAUUUUAAUAUAAAAAUUUACCGGUACCCUACUACUACUACCAGAGAGCGUCGGAAAGGGCCUGGUAAGUGGUAGGCAAGAUCGCCGGUUGGAAUACUCAUCAGUGACAAGUGACAAGCGUCUAGCCCUGAGAUAUUUUACAUGCAUUGGAGUAUUGCAUUAUGGAAUCAUUGGUGGUAAUUAUAAUGUGCAUUUCAUCUGGUGUUGCGGCAGUCUCGGUCUGUGACUCAUGUGAUGUGGACGUACCCUCAAGACAGCUGCAAACAUCAGCAGACACCAGUGAGAAGACCUGCAAUGCUGGAUAUUACGCAGGUGAGAAUAAGAACUGCCAAGUGUGUCCUAAUGGAACAUUUCUCACCUCCAAGAUGGCAAGGGAGAGGAAAAACAGAUCGUGUCAGACGUGUUACGUGCCCCAGAAGGAAGGUUUGUUUGUUUGUUUUUACUUCUCUAUUUUCUUUGCGGUUUGUGGAUCAUCCUGUAUGAUUUUAGUGUGACCUUUGGCCCUGUUUGGUAACGUGAAAAAGUGUGGAUUAACAAAGUCACUUGUAGGCGACCCUCAUUGGUACCGGUGUAGCUGGCUCGGGGGACGCAAUUGAUCAUGAUUAAGAAGCUCUUGAUCCUUUCUAUGAAUAAUUAGAGCCUAAAUAAUAGAUUAAAAUUGAUUGAGCCCUAGUUGGAGAAGGUAGAAUAGUAUAAACAGUAAGCGUAGCUCGGGUUAAUGACAAUGUCGUUGUGCACAGACUUGAGGGGCACUCGGGAUAACGUUGUGCACAGACUUGAGGGGCACUCGGGAUAAUCAUACUACGGUUUUAGGGUUUAGUAAAAGAAAAUAGUAGUAACAGUAGUGUGGAAGCUUGACUCGAAAGACAGGACAAGACGAUAAAAAAAAAAAAAAAAAAAUUCGGCUAAGUGCCUUCCUAAUGAUAUCUUUGGCAAUGAGCAUUGACCAGUGACUUACCAAGGCUCGAUUAAGGCUUAGGCACUUUAGGCACCGUGCCUAGGGCCUACAAACAAAAAUAAGGCCAAACAAAGAAAAAAUAUUUUUUUCAUUCAUCCAUCCAUCCAUUCAUUCAUUCACAAUAUGUGUACAGUAUACAUAUUAAAAAUCUUGUUGCUUAAGGACAUUAAGGUAUGCCGACUUAUUUAAUAUGUUGUCAAAGACUUUUGAAUGAUUUGAGGAAAACUGAUGAAGCAAGUGUUAACUAUUGAACAAAAUUUGGUUAAAAAUACAUUGUCUAAAUUAGCCAAAAAUGUUGUUAUCGUUUAUCGAUGUAAGUGAUAUAGAGCGAUGAAUUACGUAUUUGCGUUUUAUUCGUCGAAUGACCCAAAUAUUGGUAUUGGUAAGGCAAUAAUAAAUAAAUAUUGGUAUUGCAAUACUGGUUUUAAAAUUGUAUUGGUAUUGGUAUUGCCAAUAGAUUUUACAGGCAGUAUUGGUAUUGGUAUUGCCAAUAAUUUUUUUUAGUAUUGUUAACAACCCUGCUAGUGACUAGUGAAAACUUAAGUGAUCGCCAUUGUUGUUGCAGGAAGUUAGAUUUUCCGAAAACAAGAUUGCAUGAAGUAAAAUAAUUUAUUGUUAAAUACGGUGAAAAUUAUGAUCUUAAAUAAAGAAUUAGGCGAUCAGUUUGGGUGUUAGAGAACAACAAGCAGGAGAGUGAAUAAGAAGAACAAGGGAGUUUAUAAGUAGGCCUACAUCAAGGGAGGGAAUCUGUGCACGUUGUAGGGAAUGAGAUAAGCCACUUUUGGAGAAAAAAAAACAGAACCACAUGUUUUUCUUAUUUUUUGACACAGAGGAAAUAGUUCACGAGUGCAACGCAACGCGAGACACGGAAAUUACAUGCAAGCAAGGAUAUUACAGAAGUGAUUACGUCAAAGAUUGCACGUGUCUUGGCCGAUGUGAGCAGUGCCAGCUGUGUAGCGUGGGAACACAGCUGUACAACGACCACGAGGCGAGGCCGUGCUCCCACGAACACAACACACUGUGCUGCGAGACGGAGGACAUGGUGGCCGGGGCAGACGGAUGUGUCAAACCCUCGCCUGUUCCACACGCUCCUACAACAGCAACAACAACAACAACAACAACACACAGGACGUCAUCUGUGGAUGGGUCUAAUAAAUAUCUAUCUAUCACGGAAGGAUUUCAUUCUAAUUCAGCAAAUAUAAGCAGGAUGCAUUGUUUCAGUCAGUCUGUUGUCGUCAUCGUCUUAUGUGCUCUUCUGCCUUUUGCUUUUAGCUGUUUAAUAAAUUCUCUUACACCUUGUUCAGUAAUACACUCGUGUAAUCUCUCACCAUCUUUAGUAAUAACAUAGUGAGGAAAUGAAGUGGGGGGGGGGGGGUCCUCUUGCCUCACACCCCCUUUUCUUUCCUUUUUUUUUUUAAAAGCCUUUUUUU